ACAGAGGCGCUGUCAGACAGCAGCAGAAGCCGAGACUCACCGCCACCUCCUCCACCUCCUUCACCUCCUCAGUCUGGUGAGACUCAUCCUUCAUAUCCUCACUCUGUUGGUUCCAACAGCAGCUGCUUCUAUAUCUUCUUCUUCUUACUUACUCGCCAGCGGAGGGAUAUUCCUUUGUUUUCAUGAAGCGUGGAGUCUCCAUGAAGACCAACUUGUGUUUUGGAUGAGCCUGUGAGAAGAAGAAUCUUCAACAGCAAAUCUCCGUUUAGAUUUUUAUUAAUAACUAUCAGGUCCAAUUUUAAAUUAGCAUUUAAGUUAUAAAAAAAGGACUUUAAUUUUAGACUUUUUUUAAUUACUGAAGAGAUUUGCUAGUUUAGGCCCAGUGUGAAUGGGGAUUUGAGGGUUCUUUCCCUAGCCCCUCCUCCCUCCAAAGGGAGGUCUUCUUACAGAGCUGUGCCCGACAGAGCUGCUAAGGACCUUACAACUUUCCCAAGAACACUACAAACUGACUGGUGGUGACUAGGGUCCCACCUGUUACUCCUUUGUUUCUCCUCGGAGACAGCAAUGGCCAUGCUGUGCCUAAAGAAAUACUUCACAGAGGGCCUCAUCCAGGUGGCCAUCCUGCUGAGUCUCUGUGGAGUGAGGGUCGACGUGGGACUGGAGACCUACCUGCCUCCUUCCUUGCAAGAGAUGAUCCUGGGUCCGACCUCGGCACUGACCCAGACACAGUUCCACAAUCUCCGCAACCACUUGGAGGAUGGCCACGGCUUGCACCCCAAGAAUGUAGACCUGGAUGGAUUUUUCACAACUAGAAGGCUACUGGGCUGGGUCCGCUCUCUGGACAGACUACAGAUUCCUAAUGCUGAGCUGGAGACAUGGCUGGUCCAUAGGGAGCCAGAUCCUCUAACCAUUGAUUGUCCAGAUCAGUCCUCCCUGCUGGAGAGAGCUCCUGCCCGGGUGGAGAGAGACUUGAUUGGUCUGACUGUGGAGCCUAGACCUGGACUUGGUACCUUGCAGGAAGAAGUGGAGGCUGAAGAAAAAGAGGAAGAAAUACAAAAUGAGCUUCAUUACAGUGAUGAUCUGGAUGAGAGUGGAGAGGAAGAGGAGGAUGAAGAGGACAACAUGGCAAGGAUGCAUAGCCAUUACAUGAGAACAGAGGGUUCUGACAGCCGUGCUAACAGAGAGUUGACUCACAAUGAAGCGGAACAGAGUUCCUUUCCCCUUCAGGAGUGUUUGAGGCUCUUGGAGGCAACCUUUCCCUUCACAGAGGAACAAGAGUUAAGUAAUGAUGGCGGUAGAGGGGGAGACCUGGGACGUCACCACUCAGGCAGGGAGCCCCUGCUGUCCCCCAUCAUCCCCACUGAUAAUCCCACUUUGGACCUGGAGCUUGACUGGCAGGACCUGUUUGCUAUUAUGGAACCUGAGAACACAGAUGUUGACACGAUGACAUCAUUGGACGUCUUAGAGUCGAGACCCCCUGUUGAGUCAGAAACUUUUAACCUAAACUGUAACAACCUUGACAACGGCAUAACCGCUCAUCAGGAUGCCCAUCUAGUAGAAACUCCCCUGCAGCUUGGUUUCUUGUGGCCUGCCAGCCAGCCCCGGCUCGAGCCAGCCCUUCUCUCCCUCACUCCCAGUGCGGAGUUGGAUGAUCACACAUCAGCCUUCAAUACAUGGGAUGUUUCCAAAAACUCAAACGUGAAUACCAUACACAGGCCUCCAGAUCACAUGGAUCUCUUGGCUGACGAACCUUCAGAAGAUUUCUCAAUGGGACAAAAUCCAGAUGAUAACUCGAGUACCUUCAACAUUAACCUGUUAGCUCAAGAUCCAGUGGAUAACUUGGAAGAAAGUCAGAGUGUAGAAUAUGCUCUCUAUCCUGGGGACCUCGCUAGCUUUAACGUUAACUUAAAUUCACGUGACUUUACAGCUCCCAGUCCUUCCCUGUCCCCAGACACUAAUGAUAUGACUCAGAACCUUCCGAUAUCUCCCUCAAGUGCCUUUCUAGUUGAUGAGGAAGAUGUUGGUGAUGAAGAUCUCCCUGGCCAAAUGAGUGACCUCCUAGAGGAUGCUGCCAUCUUGGAUGAGAUGAGAUUGUUGGACCUGGCUCUGGAGGAAGGAUUCAGUCCAGAGAUGGCAGCACGGCUGGAGGAGGAGGGCUACCUUGACACUAACAGGGAUGGUGAUCACUCUUCCAUGGCAGUCACAGAGGAUCAGAGUGAACCAGGACAACAUCAGCAAGAUGGUGAUGAGGAGGACACUGACUCUGGUCUUUCCCUGGACUUCAGCUACAGCCCUGCUUCUCCAUGUGCUUCUGAUGCCUCGUAUUAUUCAUCUUCCUCCUCGUCUGCAUCAAACUCCUCAUCAUCCUCUAUUUCAGAUGUAGAAAGUCCCUUCUAUGAAGACAAGGAAGAAGAUGCUGAGGAAGGAUUAGUUGUUUCAGAUAUGGAAGUGGAGCUGACCAUAAAGCAGGAGGAGCUGGAUGAGGAGGAGAUGGGGGCAGCAGGAGGAGGGUAUCCUGAAGACAUUAAGAAACUCCUCCCUGUUAACUAUGGUGAUCACAAGCUGUUAAAUGACUUUACUUGGCUUGAGCAGAUUGACCAUGAUCACACAUACAACCAGCCCUUGCCCGCCGCCUCCUCUCCAUCACACAAGAUACCCACCAAACACACUAAAUCCUCUCCACAACAUCCCAACCCCAGGCAUUACCACUACUCCUCUUCCAGACACAUCUCUGAGACCAAAAUGCGAAGCCGAGAUGAACGACGUGCCCGAGGCUUGAAGAUCCCUUUCUCCAGCGAGCUGAUUAUUAAUUUGCCAGUGGAAGAGUUUAAUGACUUGCUGACCAAUUAUAAACUCAAUGAGGAGCAGCUAAGCCUUAUCAGGGACAUACGGCGCCGUGGUAAGAACAAGAUAGCAGCCCAGAACUGCAGGAAGAGGAAACUGAAUGUGCUGCAGGGACUGGAGGACAAUGUUUCAGGUUUGAGGCGCCGCCGUACGCGACUGGUCCGAGAGAAACAGGACGCCCUGAGGAAUUUGCAAGAAAUGAAACGCAGACUGGGCACUUUGUAUCAGGAAGUCUUUUCAAGGCUGAGGGAUGGAGAAGGAAGGCCACUGGAUUCUGCAGAGUACUCUCUUAAUUUUGCUCCAAAUGGUAGUGUCAUGGUGGCUUCACACCAACAAGAAGGAUGGGGGCCACUGACGGGAGAAAAAACAGGCAAGAAACAGAGGAACAAGAAGAAGUGAGGAGGGAAUAUACUCACUGGAGUUCUGGACAUUUGAAAAAAAAGGGAGAUUUGAGAUUCCUUUGAGGAAUGAUGUGUAGGGAUACAGGGAUCCUUUGUGGGUGUUAAAUGAAGAUGUUGAAAGAGAACAUUAAAUCCUCAAACACCCAAAGAGAUAAGUGGCUGGCUAGAGAGGGAAUCAAGACGCAGGAAAGCGUUAUUUUUAUUGUCCUGAUGAUGUUGUUGAUAAGUCAAGCUUUACUCGAAGAUGAGUUGCUCUCCAUUCGUCACUACAAACAUUUUUCUACACUGGAAAAAGACUUCCAACUCUUGACAGGCGUGGGAUUCAACUGGAAUAAAUUUGGGAUGUCUGUACUCAUUGGACUCCAAAUAAAAGACAAUUGAUGAUCUGGGACCAUCAUGAAAAACAAACAGCUCUAUGCCUAUGCAAAACCUUGCUCUCCUCACAUCAGCUGCCCGUGAGAAGGGACAAUCCAGCAGGCUGACAGCAGGCUGGACCCUGGCUGUCGACUAAUUCAGCCAAGUGCAGACAAUGACAGAGCCACCAAAGAUAGAUUGCUGGCAUCACUUCAAUGAUGCAGAAGGACAGCUGAUUGACGUGGCAGCACUUAUAAUUCACACCUAAAAUACCAAUGUUAGAAGGUAUGAUGAACUAACUGAGAAGAAAGUGGGAUAUGUCAGUAUUCAUCACGUGAUUCAGCUGUGAACAAAGCAAGUGAUGGAAGGCAGACAAUGAAGAAUUUAGUGGACAGGGAGCGUGGAUCCCCACACCUGGCCACUCACAGCCGAUAUAGGCUGUUGGACACUCCCUCCAAUUUACUGUUAUGUUGAAGAGGUACAAUGUAAAGUCUAAAAAACCCGGUGUACAAAUAUUUAAGGCUUUUAGGGUUUUGGAAUCGCAGAUAGAGCUUUUUGGUUAUACACUGUUUAACUGAAUGAAGAAUGAUUCAUUUUCUGAAGAAGUUGUGUCGGCAUUGAUUUUCAUUUCCUGUCAACUGAAAGCAUGAUAGCAGUGGGUUUUAACUGUGCCUUUUUAAAUAUGUGGAUUUGGGUUUUUACAAAUUUACCACAUAUCAGUCUCUGUGAAACUGUAGCACUCCUGGUGCCUGUUCCAAAGAAGAUGGCAGGAAUCUGUUUUCCAAAUGUAGCAGAAGGGGGGGGGGGGGCAUUAAUGAAACCUACUGUCAUAGCAGGUCUAUAAAAUAUGGGAUAAAUACACCAGGAGUUUUGAAGCCAUUAAUGUUCCUGUAUGGGGGUUGGGGAUAUGGAAGGUGUAAGAUUUAUCACAAGUAUAGAUUUAAAGAAAUUACAAAUGAUAGAUUUAUAACAUCAGGUCUUCAAGGAUAGUGGGGGGGUUUUGAAGUUAGCGUGUCACCCUCUGGUGGUUGUAGAAAUAGCUGAGCAAGACCGAACUCAUUAGAGAGCAAUUAUUAGUACACAGAAUUGGCAGAAGUUUGACCUGUUGGUGCUAAUAAACUUUGACAUGAACGUACAGGGGAAGUAUUUUAUUCAAAGAUAGUUUUUUCCCCCUUUACAGUACACAGUCAAAACACAUUUUCAGUUGGUGAUACAUUAAUUAUUAAGACAAAAAAAAACUUGAUGCUUCACUUGGCGGAUACCUCGUUAAUAAAUCAUAUUCAGUCUUCAUAUAAACCUGUGCCCGUUGAAGAGCAGAGGCAAGUAAAUGGAAUGAAUUUGCUUACACCAAAAUAUAAAGAUAUUUUGACGGUGAGAACUUUGAAACCUGCAUGCAUGCCUCACAUCUUCAGAUGGAACAAGAUAUAUUCAUUGUUGUGGUUGUUAAGCAUUUUUAUUUGUGUUUGCCCACUGUGCCUGGUUGUAUUCAAGGACAUGCACCUCAACUUUUGUAAUAUUAAAACCUUAUUUCCUUC